CUCCCAUUCCCAUCGUCGCAUUUUCUCGUGUCACUUUCUUCCCCACCAUCUUCACCAUGCGUUCCGCUGCUGCCAUCGCUGUUCUCUCGCUCGCCUCCUUCGCGGCGGCGUUCACCGUUACGCAGCCUUCGGACAAGAAGGGCUGGACUGACUGCAAUGCUCAGACCCUCGAGUGGAAGACCGUCCAGACCGACGCCAAGAACUUCACUGUCGUUCUCGUGAACCAGGACUCUUCGGUUCUGAGCGAUCCCAUCGUCCUCGCGGAGGACGUCGAUGCUAGCAAGGACAGCCUCGACAUCGACGCCCCCGAGGGUGGCUGGCCGUCGGGUGACGACUUCCAGGUCAACCUCGUCUACAGCAAGAAGCAGUCGGACAGGAUUUACGCCCAGUCCGUCAUGUUCGACAUCAAGGAGGACAAGGAUUGCUCUGAGUCUUCGACCACGAAGUCCGGCAGCCAGACCUCUACUGCCACGUCUUCCGGCGCCUCUUCUUCUGCCAGCUCAGGCAGCAGCGGUGACGACAACAACGGUGCGCUCGCCACGACCGCCCAGACCGGCCUCAUUGGCGCGGUCGCCCUUCUCGGUGCCUUCCUCGCGUAAAGCGCAUGUUCUCGAGGACUUCAUAUUGGCCCCUUCAUCACGGACGCUACUUACGAUCAUCUAAUGGACCUUCGGUGCAAUGGUGGCAGCGGUGACACGACUCAUGUCGACUUCUACUUGCUAGUCUCUAAUCUAUUACGGCGUCCGCGCCAUCAUCCUUACCUUCAUAUACCACAUCGCAAUCGCUCUUACGACUCGUUUCAUGGUAUUUAGACGACUGCAAUGGACUCUGGACUGGCCAGGUGUGGCGCUUCAAUUGAUG